CGGCCGCCGGGCAGUAGCGGCGUAACCUGCCGCCAAGCGCCCGAGCGCCGCACCACGUCCGCGACGCGAUCGAUACCUCCCAACUUGCCCAAUACUAAACAAAACCCUUUACGUAACUAAACUUAACCUUCAAAAAACUACCCGCAGCGGGACGUCCCCAAGGUACCACCAUUCGCGACCCAGCGCAUGUCAACACCAUUAACAUGGCCACCAUUGAAAACACAUGAUCGCUGCCACAGUAAACCAUCGAGCUAUUCCUGGCGACGCCACGUUUCACCGUUUGUGCUUUCGUCGCGAAUGGUGCUAACCUUCCAAACCUUGCAGUGUUACUUUGUGAUAGAAUAACGGCAGUGUAAAUAAAUAACGAUAAACAAUGCGACAAUAUGAAGUGAGUGUUUGAGGUUUGAAGUGAGAGCAUAUGAGAAGAUGACGUCACUAAAGCACGGAGUGAAUCUGAGCCGGCGAGCCUGCAGGCAGAGCCUCGCUGUGCUUGUGGUACUGGCCAGCUGCUUGCCGGCGAGUUGCAACCCUAUUGAAAGCACCACGAAACAGACUCCGUCCAUAGCAGUCGAUGGCAUGUCCACUUACCCUGGGCUGGGGUUCGGCCCUAUGGGCCCUGUGGCCCCGUUACCAGGAGAGCCCCCAGGGACUCAGCUCCGGCAACAAGCGGAGACCACAACUGAGGCCCCGGAGGCCACAGACACGCCCAAGAAAGAAAGGACCCUGGUCAUAGCGGCUUUUGAAUUCCACCGUGUGGAGACGCCAUUUUUAAUUGGAUUGUGGAUCUUCUUCGCCAGCCUUGCGAAGAUUGGUUUCCACAUGGCUCCAAAGUUGUCGAGGAUAUUUCCGGAGUCAUGUCUUCUGAUCUUCGUGGGGGUGCUAAUAGGUGCUCUGCUGCUAAGCACUCAUAGUGUCCAGAUCCAGCCGCUGACUCCUGACACCUUCUUCUUGUACAUGCUGCCGCCCAUCAUCCUCGACGCUGGAUAUUUCAUGCCUAACAGACUGUUCUUCGACCACCUCGGGACGAUUCUUUUGUUCGCGGUUGUGGGAACUGUGUUCAAUACCUUGACUAUUGGAGCGUCGCUAUGGGCUUGCGGACAAACUGGCAUGUUCGGCUGCACGACUCCUCUCCUGGAGAUGUUGCUCUUUGGAGCUCUGAUCUCUGCAGUAGACCCAGUGGCAGUACUGGCUGUUUUCGAGGAGAUCCAUGUCGAUGAAGUGCUGUACAUCGUAGUCUUCGGGGAGUCGCUUCUCAACGACGCUGUCACUGUUGUGCUCUACCACAUGUUUGAGGCUUACACAGAAAUGGGUCCAUCGCGCCUCAUGUACACGGACUUCCUAGCUGGGCUGGCCUCAUUCCUGGUGGUGGCAGUGGGGGGAACUUGCAUCGGCGUGGUGUGGGGCUUCGCCACGGGGCUGGUCACGCGGUUCACUCAUGAGGUCCGGGUCAUUGAACCCAUCUUCAUCUUCGUCAUGGCGUAUUUAGCGUAUCUAAACGCUGAGAUGUUCCAUAUGAGCGGAAUUCUUGCCAUAACAUUCUGCGGUAUAACAAUGAAGAACUACGUAGAAGCGAACAUAUCGCACAAGUCUCACACCACCAUCAAGUACACCAUGAAGAUGCUAUCCUCAUCAUCGGAGACCAUCAUCUUCAUGUUCCUGGGGGUAGCCACGGUUAAUAACAACCACGUUUGGAACACCUGGUUCGUGUUGUUGACCAUUGUCUUCUGUUCGGUGUUUCGGAUUAUAGGAGUGUACAUAUUUAGUACGGUAGCUAAUAAGUUUCGUUUGCACAAAUUAGAUAGAGUCGAAAAAUUUGUUAUGUCCUAUGGAGGUCUACGAGGAGCGGUCGCAUUUGCAUUGGUGCUAUUAAUAGACCCGGAGGUGGUACACUUACAGCCCAUGUUCGUCACCACCACCAUAGCUGUCAUAUACUUUACCGUCUUCAUCCAAGGCAUCACAAUUAAGCCAUUAGUCAAAAUACUCAAUGUUAAGACUGCCGAGAAGAGGAAACCAACUAUGAAUGAGAGGAUACAUGAGCGGUUUAUGGACCAUUUGAUGGCAGGAAUAGAAGAUAUCUUAGGUAAACAUGGUAAUCAUCAUAUAAGGGAUAAGUUCAAGAGAUUUGAUAAUCGGUUUAUAAGACCAUUUUUGCUUAGAAAUUAUCAGGGUGCGGAACCAAAAAUUCUAGAGACGUACUCAAAAUUAGCCAUGAGGGACGCAAUAGAGUAUAUGCAGAGAAACGCGUCCACUAUUGGAAACAUAUCUGGAGCCGAGUCCAUGUCGGCCAUAUUCAAGAACUACACUGGGGGUAACUUCAACGGAAGUCCAAGCUUCAGCCAGCUGGACUCGUCAACGUGGAACAUAGACAUGCAGGAGCUGGAGUACAACCCCAGCAAGAAGGACCUAACUGACGCCAGGAUCCACCACCUGCUGGCCGAGGAGUUGUGCAAGCCUUACAGACGUCACCGUCGGCUAAGUUAUAGUAGGCACGCAGUGAACGACAAGGACCUAGGGACCCAAGUGAACUACAAAACUCACAUGAACAUACGAAGACUCGUUGGCGACAGGAAGCAUCAUCAUAAACGCAGUAAACGCGGGAAGCAGGAUGGCAAAAAUCAUGUAACUUUCCCCGAAUUCCAGCAAAAUGGUUCGGCCAAACAGUUCACGCACGGUAAAAAAAAGUAUUAUAGAUUAGAUUACAUAGACGAGGUCCUCCAGGAGGAGUGUGGGGAAGAAAGGGAGCCUCGACGCGACGGCGACGACGGCGGUAUUACUUUCACUGCCAAAUCCCCGCUGCCCAAUGAGGAUAUCUUAGAAGAGGAUGAGAGGCGGAUGUCAGAUGACAACGACACAUACAUGACAGUGGCAGAAUCAGCGAGGGUCGCAACCCCUACGGCAACAGAGACCAUGCUCCCUUGGAAGAGGGAAGAGGCCGAGGGUGCAGGCGCCCUCAAGCAGUCGGAGUUCCCUGCCUGGGCGUCCAAUAAGGAGUACCUGGCGUAUAGCUCACCUUCUGCUACUUUCUUAGGUGGUAUAGAGAAGCCAAAACAUCCCAAAUCUAUCAUAGGUCUCUUCCGAAGAGAAAGCUCAAGCUCGACGCAAGGUCCGGAGGCGGUCGCUUCAGAUUCGGAGGCGAAUAAGGAUAAGGGGGAGCCGUCUUCAAGCAGAGGAGAAACUAGUGGCCAAAGACAGGGGCCGAGUCUUCUGUCGAAGAGAAGUACGAGUCUGGGAGGGCCCUCUGUUCUGCUGAUGGAAGAUGUGGCGCACUCGGACCCUCUUGGGGCGUCCUCUCGCCCUGCUAGUAUCAUGCAAGGCCCGCAUCGAGGACAGUGCCGGAGAGGAUCUAUGCUGGAGUUGACUGGUUCUCUAUCUCGUGACGCGAUCACCGAAGAGAAGUGCAGCAAGUCACUACCAGAGAGUGAAAGGAUGGGCGUGCGUCGGCUGCCACUAGGCCAGCAAAGUCUCCCCCGAGAGCCCUUCAUUAGACAACUGACCAUGGCCUCCACACUCCUCACCAGCUCAUCGUCUGAAGACUCCUCCGACGAGGGCACCUGAGUGCCCCGACGUGGUGACCACGACAGGUUGCCACUCCUUAAAUAUAAAACCCUUGAGUAAAGUGCGAACUUGUCUACUUACUACUCUGUGCUGUGAAUUUAUGUGGUGAAACUUAUAAUAAUUAAUAAUGUUUACGCUCUCUGUAAAAAUGUGUAAAUGUACAAUGAUUAUAACAAUUAAAUGAGUGAGUUAUGACUGGUACCUCUCUAAAAACUCCUAGCUUUUAUCUUUAUAUACAAUAAACUAUUUUGUUGUGUAGUGGCAAGAUUGUAGAUUCAGUUUUUACCUAAGUUCUGAGUACCUAUACAUAUUUUAAUAACUAAACGGUGAACAUAGUUCAUGUUUUACAUUUUGAUGUAAAUGGAUAGAUGAUCCAAAUUGUUUUGUUCCUCGACCGAACAGGUAGUUAGUUAUCAUAAUGAACAGAUUCCUAUUUUGUCAUAUUAUAUAUCUUAGCUACGAUUCAUUCCAUAACCUUUCAUAUCUACAAACUAAUAGUAAGUAAACUAAUUACAUAAACAGGGUGUAACGAAAUACCAUAACUCAAAGUGAUAUGUUGCUGAAAAUAUUAUCAGUACUUACCUACAUAAAUGUGAUUGCCUGAAUAAUAUUUUUGGUUAAAAUUUUGGGUUAUGAAAAGGUAUUUUGUGACACGUUGAAAGCCACAUUAAUGCUAUGAGGAGUAUUUUUGUAUGCUCUUUAUAAAUUAAUAGACUUUAAAGUAGUAUUAAAUGUAUUUUUGUUUCGAGAUGGCACCUGUUGCCAAUGACAAUACUGACUUUAGCGGUAGGAUUGAACAUACAAUAAUAAGUAGUUACGUAUGUUUUAAUUAGGUAAGUAGGUAGCCUUCCUUCUUUGAAUAAGUAGUCAACAUUUUAAUAAAUGAAACUAAUUUUGUCGUCUUGUUAUCAGUGAAACUGGAAAUUAUGCUCUGUUUUUGUGUCUACCUCGGACAGGUCAUUCAUGCUGGCUUCUAAACUUUUUUUAAAACAGUACUAUAAUGGAAAAAAGCAUCACUUAUGAAAUAAAUUAUUUUAUUAAGUAAAUACAGAGUACGGCAGAGGCGAUAAAAUAAGUUUAAUGCUAAAUCGUGUGUUUUUUAAUGAUGUCAUUGGCAAUUUGAAGUCAUUGGGUUUGUAUUUUGUAUAGACAUAAAAUAAAUAAAAAAUAUGCUUGUAAGUUUUAUUAACGCGAAAUGUUGAAUUGUUACUAGGUAACUAAUUAUUAACAUAUUUACGAUAAGUAGAAUGGUUUGUAAAUUAAUUUUGAGUUGACAAGUGAGAAGUGAUUUUGGUACCUCUCUGUAUCGGUGGGUACAUAGUGUAAAUUCAGGUAAUUUACUUAUUGAACAAGGACGAAAAUGAUUUGUACGAAAAUAUAAAAACACCAAGAAAAGUAAUUAUGCUUAAAACCUGGUAAUUGUAACAGGUAACUAGGUAUUUAAAACAAUAAUUAAGUAUGUUAUUAGUUGUAUGUAUUCUACACGAGAGUCUGCCUACCUAUGUACUUACGACUACAAAAAUCCUCUUGUUUAUUUUGUAAGUGACGAAGAAUCGGUAACUAUCAAUGAAGGACUUUCCAGGGUAAGUUCCCCUCCAAAAAAUGUAGCUCGCACUGUAAAGAAUUAACGUGAUAAUUACCUAGGUAUUUUCUCAUAGCUCAGGACACAUAAUUAUUCAAAAAUGUAAUCUAAUAACAGAGGCAUACAUAAAAAAUAUUGUUGCUUGAUAUUUGGGCCAGAUACGUAUAGAAUUAUGUUUCUACCUGUAUUGCUUUUCUUUAUUUUGAUCAGUAUAAUAAUGGGUGUAAUAACAUGGGUCAUCAUUUAUACCCAAAAACAAAGAUAAAAGAUGCAUAUAUAUGUCUGUUAUCCAUUAAAUUAGAAGGUUAAACGAAGGCAAAUCUGUAGAGCGCCAUAACAUAACAUAACAAAUACUUUAUUGCACAAACAGGAAAAAACAAAAUACAAAACAAAAGAGAAAUAUAAUUAGUACAAUAGGCGGCCUUAUUGCUAAGUAGCAAUCUCUUCCAGGCAACCUAUAGGCCAUUUAUAUUUUUUUGGGGAACAUCGCCUGGAAAUCUGUCAUUGGAAAUAAACCUGUAAGUAAGUACGUAAAGUACCUACAUUGUUUGCAAAAUCACGAAAGUUGUGAUAAUGUAUAAUUAAAUAAAUGUAUAAAAUAAUUCAAUUAAAAAAUAUUAAUACCUCGUGUUAAUGUAGAUAAUGAUCGACAAUAGCGUAGUGCAUUCGUUCUGUUUUGUUUUUUAGGUGGUUAUUUGUUAUAUUGCAGUCGAGAAAUGGAAAAUGUACUCAUGUGAAAAAAACGCCGGUGUGUGUGUCGUGGCCAGAUCUCAGAAUUGAUCAUUUCAUGAUUUUCUCGAUCAUUUCAUGAAAUAGAAUAUCACUCGUUGGCCACAUCAUGAUGUAGUUUGGCCAGAUCAAUGAACACAAAACGUUUAACGAUAUGAACAACUAAAUGGUAAGCAUUUACAUACGUUUAUUCAUGAUAUGGCCAAACGUUGGGAAUCAUAUCGUAAAAUUAGUAACAUUAUCCAACGGUAAUAGCGCUGGUGUCGAUUACAUUCAAAACUUGAUUGAUAUUAUAAUCGAUUAAUCAAUGUAAUUGUACAAUUUUCCAUAUCGAUAGUAUUGAUUAGGCAAAUAAUUUUGAACCUAAGAAAUAAAUCGACUACUUAUUCGAAUUUUCAUUGCACCACAUAGCAUGAACACCGCCUAUAUUAAUGCUAUGCCCAAAUAUUGAUUGAAAUAUCAAAACGUUGACGAUUCAAUGAAAGAUGACUAUUUCACGAAAUGGUCGAACACAUCAGAAAUGAUUCUAAUAUCUGUCCAUGACACGUAUAUUAUAAUUAAAUACAACUGCCUAUUGGGUUGGAUGGAGAGGUUAGAGUAGAACCAAAAAUAGAGGAUUAAAUACGGUACCUAAGUAGUGAAUGUUGAGUAUGGCAGAAGAGGCAUGAAAGUAGAAGGAUUAAUGCCGUAGAAAUGUGAUCGUUGCGCAGCAUCUACGGUGUUAAAUUGAGUGAUAGAGUGAGAAACAGUGUUAAAAGAGAGAGAUGUGGAGUUAAAGACGAUAUAGUGACUAAGAUUGAGAAGGGAACAUUAAGUUGCUUUGGACACAUAGAACGGAUGACGGAUAAUAGGAUUACGAAAGCAGUAUAUAAAGCGAAGGUUGAUGGUAGCGCUGGCAGAGGAAGACCUAGAAGGACGUACAUUGACCAAACUGCAGAUGUCCUUAAAGGUUCAGUACGAAAUACUCUGAACCGGCGUGCGUGUAUGAAACGAUUAAUGAAUGUGGACGAAGCAAGGAAAGUGAGUCAGGAUCGAAGAAAAUGGAAAUCCAUAGUCUCUUACCCCGGUGGGAAAUAGGCGUGAGUAUUAUAAUAUAUAUAUAUAUAUUAUAAUACAAGUUUACAAAAAAUAAGAAUAGGUAAUAAACGAUUAAAACUAUACUACUAAAACUAAAUUAAAAAGCUCAUAUAUAUAUAUAUAUAAACCUAAGUAUUAACCUAUAUAAAAUACAAGAUCGUACUUACCUAAUGAAACAGCUUGAUUGACUGCCUAUCUACGUCAAGCUUAAAAAAACAGUUUCUGAUAGCAUUAAUUUGCUGAAUAUCAAACGUCAGACUGCUCAAUAAGCCAGAAAGUAACAUGUAAACUUUUCUCAUAAGUAAGAUAUACUCCGUCUUUGGCUUCAUCGCAGUUGGUUAUAGAGUUACCUACUUACAGACAGUUAUCAAUCACCCGACGAAAAUUACUAAUGUAAUAAGUUCAUCGCAGCCAUUUUACGAUUUUGUAUGAAAAGUGGUUACAAGUCGUGUUCUGAUUGACUGGCUCUGCCCUGCGGGCACUACGGGCGUGAGUUUGCUUGUGAAGAUUUUAUAGGUUUUGAUUCUGUUAUUUGGUUGUACUCUAACAAAUAGUAUAAUGUAAACAUCACUACCAAUUUAAAUCUACCUUCUAUGGUAAAGAUACGGUGUGUCAAUUGAAAAUAAUAGUGCCUAGUCUAGAAUAUCUACACCGCUCAUUGUUUUAAUGUAUUAUUGUUAUACUAUUGUAUCAUAGACGGAAGAUAAAUCACGAAUAUGGUUUACGGUGUAAAACUUCUAUGAAAUAAACAUUACAUCUUGGCGA